AUGGAUUCUAAAGGCAAUAUUGGAUUCUCCGAGGGGGAAUUCAACGAGUUCCCUAGGGGACUACCAGAAAACUGUGUGGAAUAUUUAUUAUUCGUUAUCGACAGUAAACUAGAAUCGCGCAAUCUUUUCUCGGAGCUUGAAAAUAUCCGAAAAGCAGCUACACAGCUCUGCGAUAGCAUUGCUAAGGAAUACAUAUGGCAACGAGAUUCUUUUCAACUCCGUAUUGAAAGAGAUCAGGAUCUGGUCUACUUGCAUGGGACCACAGACUACGGAGACUCUGUCGAGGAUGAAUGGCUCAUAGUCUACCUUCUUCGAGAAUUGACCAAAUCUUUUCCCAAUCUUUGGGUCAGAAUCUUCGACGAUGAUGGCGAAUUUCUGCUUGUCGAGGCAGCUAACGUCUUACCAAAAUGGUUAAGCCCGGAGAUAGAUAGCAACCGAUCAUGGAUACACGGUGGAAACCUCCAUCUACUUCCCCUGGCUGCAAGUUCGGGGGUGAAGCGACCGUUAUCCUUAACCGAAGCUGUUCGAUAUAUUAAAUCAGACCCCAACUCCCUAGUGCAUUCCGCAUUCAUCGAAGCCGAAGCUUUCUACAGGUUAGAGAAGUACCCUGGACAAAUCACAGAUUCGAUACACCGUUCGCUAGUUAAGAUACCUAGAAAGCUUGCUUAUAUAUUGCACGAAAAGCCUUCUACUAUUGCCCCUGCUAUCGAAGCGUUUUAUCUUCGGGAUCCAGUUGCAAUGAAGCCUCUCGCGUCACCUUCUGCGAAAAUACAUUUUCCCCCCGAGGACCUUGUAACCGUCAGUGUAAAGUUCACAAAGAUACUUUUCGCACAGCUCAAGUCUCAGCGUUUCUCGCCCCCUCCGAUAUGGAGCGCUAUAUUUGAAGCUGCCGAGAAGGAUAUUUCUAACGCAGAUGAUGAUCAAAAGAAUUUAGCGAGCUUGGAAAUGGGCAUGAAGGUAACAAGCGGCUUCGAGAUGCUUACUACUAACGCAGACACGAAAGAUAAUCGGCUUGCGCGUGAAUUUGCUAUGCUACUCGAAGAUGUUGAAGAAGACGGGGCUCAGGUGCUUCCGACUAACAAAGACAUUGAAACUUGGGAAGAUGUGCACAGAGAAGACGACGAGUCUUGGCUAGACAUCAACUUUGACGACUUCGAAGAUGAGCUGCAAGGAAACCGUGGGCCUCGAAGCCGGCCAAAGGGUGAAUUUGGCGAUCCUUCGGCGCAGGCAGAUUUGAAAAAGAUCGUAUCCCGUUUUGAGGCUUUCCUGAACGACGAAAGUGCCGGCGUAGAAGGUGCUGAAUUGGAAGAUAUGGAUGAAGAUGAUGAUAUCUCGGAUGAUGAGGAAGAUAGCGACGAUGAGGAUAAAGAAGUCAGUUUUGACGAAGAGCAGUUUUCGAAGAUGAUGAGGGAGAUGAUGGGACUGCCCGCUGUAGAGCCUACGAAUCCGGAGAAAAUUUCUAGGACCUCAACAUCCGUCGCUACACACGGUACUACUAUUGAAGAAGACGAAGAUGAUGCCAUAAGGCAAUUGGCUGCUCAGAUGGAAGCCGAAUUAAAAGAACAUGGUGCAUUAAAACUUGAUCCUCGGACCGGAAAACCGAAAGCAAUAGAAGCAAAAUAUGGAGGUGAUUCUAAGGGAAAAGGGAAAGCUACUCUAGAACAAAAAGUUGACAACGAAGAAGAGAGCAGUGAGGACGAGGACGAGGUUGAUGUUGACUAUAACCUCGCUAAGAAUCUGCUAGAAAGCUUUAAGAGUCAGGCCGGAAUGGCAGGCCCUGCAGGUAACAUUCUUGGUAUGAUGGGUUUACAGCUUCCCCGGGAUGAAGAUGAAGAGGAGGAGGAUUAA